GGGCUCACCAUGGGAAAGAAGGUUGAGUCUCAGUAUAACCUACAAGAUGGGUUACUGGAAGCAUCUCAUGAAAGAAUGGGAUAGCUGGCCAAAGUCUGAGACCUUGUGAACAUAGACCCUGCCCCACACCAUCUGCCAGGUCCUCGUCUCAGCCAUUAAGCCAUGGGAUACGACAGAGCCCGUUUCUUGGGGGAUGUAGAUGAAGACCUCAUCUGCCCCAUCUGCUGUGGCGUCCUUGAGGAGCCUGUUCAAGCUCCUAACUGCGAGCAUGCCUUCUGCAACACCUGCGUCAGCCAGGGGUCCUCCUGGCAGCAAACGUGCCCCGUGGACGGCAGCGUGGUGACGGUCCCCCACCUGCGCCCCAUCCCUCGAAUCAUGAGGAACAUGCUGUCCAAACUCCAGAUCACGUGCGACAACGCCGUGGCCGGCUGCAACGCCAUCCUGAGGCUGGACAAUCUCAUGGCUCACCUCCUCAACUGCGAGCACAGCCCCAAGUGCCCCGUGGCCUGCAAGCACGGCUGCGGCCUGGAGAUGUCCAAUGGGGAGCUGCCCAACCACAACUGCAUCGAGCACCUGCACUCCAUGGUCCAGCAGCAAGAGACCCACAUCACGGAGCUGGAGAAGACAUCGGCCGAGCAGAAGUUCCAGCUGGAGGAACAGCAGCGAGACAUCCAGCUGCUGAAGGCCUACGUCCACGCUCUCCACAACGACAAGCCCAAGCUCCGGCCCGAGAACAGCGAGAUCAUCCAGUGGGUCAACUCCCUGCAUCCAGAAGGGAUGCCGAGCGGGGAGGAUGGCAGCUCCAGCCCAGGGCCCACUCAACCACCGGUGCCGAAGACUUCAGCGGAAAAUGGCUGCUCGGUGUCCUCCCCAACGAGCUGAAUGCCAACUCCCCCCCAGAACAACCGGCCCCUGGGCCCAGAAACACUAAAAACAGGUCAGAAGAAUCAGUGCUGCUUUGUGAACUACAGAAUCAAUGUGUCAUUGGCAAGAUGGCGGUGGUGGGGAAUGCUUAAAGAAGGAAAAAACGGAUGAUGAGGAAGGGCCAGAGCCAGGGCUUGGUACCCCUUGGUGUACAAGAAAUGAAGAGAACCACAGUGAGACCAUCAAGUAAGAAUGAUUCCUGAAAACCCUAAGACACUGGCCAUGUCUCUCACCACCCCACCUCCCAUUGCCUAUAAUUAAGCCCCAUUUGUCCUACUCUCCUAGCUCAAGGCCAUUAGACUAUUCCUCCUUCACUUCUCUAGCCCCUAAUAAUCAAGAUGGAGAUACGGGAACUACAUGGAAAAAAUCCAGGGUGUUAAAGUGGAGAAUCAUCAUAGGAACCCCAGUCAAACACGCCUACCUCUUGUGACAUUGCUUAGCCUUCCAGG